UUUUUUUUUUUUUUUUGGAAACAACAGAGUUUUUAUAAAGUUAAUUAGUUCACUUGCAUCGUAUGGAGUUUUCAGCAAAGAAAGGUCAGCUUGUUUACUUAACAAACUUAAUUGAAUCGAACUGUGAGCGACCACGAAUAGUACUAAUGUAAAAAAUGUUCAAUUUUAAAAUCAUAAAUUCCAUAGAAAAUUUUUUUGUAUUUUUAAUCGAUAUUUUGAUCGUGAUAUAUUUAAAACGAUAUCGUUAUCUGUAUAGUCUAUGGCGUCUCUACGUCACAAACAUCUCAAAAUUAUUUUCUCCCAUAGCGAUUCCAACGCACGAAGAACCCUUAACGCAUAUAUAUAAACUAGGAUCUACAGUGUUACAGGCAAACAUUAGCAUCGAAGGAUAAUCCUAUGGUGAAUUCCAUCAUUUGCUUAAUUAUCGUAUUGCUUAUCGAUUUGCCAUCGAAAGAAAGGAUAAAUCGAUAAUAUUUAAAUCGAUAAAUAAUAAAUAAUUCGAGCAUUUUUUCAUCGCUUCUGAAAUAAAUAAUGGAAAAUUACAGAGGCAGUGUUUAUAGUUUAUAGAAUUUAAAAUUUACUUUUUCGUAUUUGGAAUAUAUAUGAAUGCAUCUUUAAUGCCUAACGAACAAAUGAAGAAAUUAUCAGAUUUAUUGAAUGAACAAUUUGGCUCUUGAUAUAUGAAAAAUCAGUUCAAUCUAAAGGCAAAAGGCAAAAAAAAAGAAGAAAUUUUCACUUUUAUUUUACUUAUUUGAAUGAUAAUGUCUUGCGUUCAACGUUUGGAAAUUAGGUUAAAACGCCCGAAUGCAAUUUUCGAAACUUGGCUGGAGAAUUGGUUGCGAGAAGCAGAAAGACGUAACAGCAAAUCUAGAUAUAAACUUCGAGAAGCUUUGAACGCUUUGAAAAUGUACCCACUCCCAUUAGCUUCGGGUCGUGAAUGUGGCAUUUUGCGCGGUUUUGGACCUGCUUUAUGCAAAUUAAUUGAUAAUGAAAUGCGUAGAGAACAGCAUAAAGCUCAAGCGAUCGUAGCCAACAAUAGCAGGUAUCAAAACGAAAUCCAGAAUGUUGUUGAAUCGGUUAAAAAGAAUAAACGCAACCAAAAAGAUAAGCAAACAAAACUGACGAAAAAGGAACGAAAAGCUCUAGAAGAAAAACAAUGGCGCUCGAAAGAAGUAAUUAUGCAACCGGGAACAUUUCGUAUAAAAUUAAUAGUGGAUACUCAAGAAACUAGUGGUAAACAUAAGCGAUUACUGGAUCAAACACGUAGCUAUUUAGAAUGCUUAAAAGUUGAUUAUGAAAUUCGACGUUUAACAGUGGGCGACUUUUUGUGGAUAGCUUGCGACCAAGAAGGGAACGAAUUAGUGCUACCGUAUAUAGUUGAACGCAAACGUAUGGACGAUUUAUCAUCAAGCAUAAGAGAUGGUCGUUUUCAUGAACAGAAACACCGCCUAAAUCAAUGUGAUAUUCCAAAUGUGAUAUACCUUAUAGAAGAUUAUGGCGAGAAUGAACAUUUGGGCUUGCCUAUAGAAAAUUUACAGCAAGCUUUAAUAAACACUUUAAUACACAAUAGGUUCUCUGUGGCGCACACUGAGAAUCACUCGCGUUCAAUCGCUUAUCUACAAGGUUUAACGCAAAUAUUGAUACGCAUCUAUAAAGACAAAGUUCUCAAAAGUUGUGCGAACGUUGAUAUGGCCCGUGUCAGCCAGUCCAGCGACGCUGAGGUGUCAUUGCGUAAAUUUAAAAGCCUUAAUGAAGAUUCAGCGCGUAAUGCUCAGUUGACUGUGAAAGAACUAUUCAUAUUGCAAUUAUUGCAAUUGCAUUCGUUGUCUCUAGAAAAAUCUUUAGCCAUUACGAAAAUUUAUCCAACGCCGCGUUUUCUUGUAGAAGCCUAUAAGGCAUGCAAAAGUUUACAGGAUGCUCGUCAACUUUUAGCUAAUAUAAGAUUUGGUCAAUUGCAGAGACCCGUAGGCAGUAAGAUUAGUCAAAGUUUGCAUGAUUUUUAUACAAAUGAAUUUUAACUAUCAUUGUGAAAAGAUUUAAAAUUUUAUUAGUCGCUCUGUUUUCUUCCUCUAUGCACUUGUAUAUUUAUUAUAUAUUAUUUAUUAUAUUAGUCUGUUGUUAUUAUGUUAAGAAACUAAAUAAGUUUUUCUCGUUAAUGCGCUCAUCAUUUAAACGUUUUUAUAACAGGCUAACACUAUUGUCAUAAGCAUUUAAUAAAGCAAAUAAAACUAGUAAGCAAUAAAAAGCCAAAGCUUUUCUUGCCGUAAUUCGUUUUCAAACCCAUACUAUAGCACAUGUAAUAGAUUUCAUAAAAAAAUUUGAGUCACUUCUUUUAAUUAAAAAUUUUAUU